UGGGUUAGAUAACUGGAAGCAGCCCUGGGUGACAUUCAGGGUGGUGGAGGACGGGCAGCUGAGAGGGAAGAAGGGGGCAGGCACGCUGGAAAUGCAUUCACAAGUCACUGCUGCGUGAGAGAUAGAGGGAUAAUUAGCCGCUGGGAUAGAGGAAAAGCAUGGAAACGUGACUGGACAUCGCCUUCAGCACACCAGACUCUCCGGUUGCUCCGGCGUCUGUGAACGGGCAGGCGGGCGGCUCUUGGCCGUGUUUAGAGAGUCUGACCAUCCCGAGGAAUAAUCGGCAUGACUGUGGCCAACGCAAAGUCUGGCUCAGCCAUGCAGCAGGUUCUCGACAACCUGAAAGACAUGCCGACAGGAACUGGAGCCAAAGAUAUCGACCUCAUCUUCCUCCAAGGCAUCAUGGAGAGCCCCAUCGUCCGUUCCCUCGCUAAGGCCCAUGAGCGCCUGGAGGAAGUCAAACUAGAAGCUGUGGGGGACGACAACGUUCAGCUGGUCACGGAGAUCCUGGAGUCUCUCAACAGCCUCGAAGAACAAGAUCCUGCUGCCGCCGAGCUGGCCAGAAUCCUCCAGGAGCCUCACUUUAAGUCUCUAAUUGAAGCUCAUGACAAAGUGGCUGCAAAGUCCUACGAAACGCCCGACGCCGCGGCUAACAGCAAUUUACUCUCAAGUUCCCUAAUGCCGGCCGACGCUGUGAGGAUGAUUGGUAUCCAGAAAAGGGCCGGGGAGCCUCUGGGAGUGACGUUCCGCGUGGCGAACGGGGAGAUGGUGAUCGCGCGGAUCCUGCACGGCAGCUCCAUCGAUAGGCAGGGCAUGCUGCACACGGGCGACGUCAUCCGCGAGGUGAACGGCCAGGAAGUGGGCAGCAGCCCCCAGGAGCUCCAGGAGCUGCUGAGCAGCUGCAGCGGGAGCGUCACGCUCAAGGUUCUGCCGAGCUACAAAGACACGCCGGCGCCCCCACAGGUUUAUUUGAAGCCAUACUUCAGCUACAACCCAGCCACAGAUAACCUGAUCCCCUGUAAAGAGGCGGGUCUGGCCUUUGCUAAGGGAGACAUACUUCAUGUCGUCAACAAGGAAGACCCCAACUGGUGGCAGGCGCGCAAAGUCGUCGGUGGAGCCACCGGCCUGAUUCCCAGUCAGUUCCUGGAGGAGAAGAGAAAAGCUUUUGUGAGAAGAGACUGGGACGCUGGCGGUUCAGGGAUGCUCUGCGGGACUCUGCCGGGAAAGAAGAAGAAGAAAAAGAUGAUGUAUCUCACAGCUAAGAAUGCAGAGUUUGACCGUUAUGAGCUGCAGAUCUACGAGGAAGUGGCCAGGAUGCCCCCGUUUCGGAGGAAAACGCUGGUUCUGAUCGGAGCCCAGGGGGUCGGAAGGAGGAGUCUGAAGAACCGCCUUGUUGUUAUGAAUCCUCUGAGAUAUGGAGCCACCGUCCCCUUUACGUCACGCCAGCCCAGAGAAGAGGAGAAAAAUGGCCACAACUAUUGUUUCGUGACUCGGGAAGAGAUGGAGCGGGACAUCAAGGAGAGCCGUUACCUGGAGCACGGCGAGUACGACGGCAACCUCUACGGCACCAAGAUCGACUCCAUCCACGAGGUGGUGGAGGCCGGCCGCACGUGCAUCCUGGACGUGAACCCGCAGGCCCUCAAAGUGUUGAAGACUGCCGAGUUUAUGCCCUUCGUGGUGUUUAUCGCUGCUCCUGAGCUGGACACACUAAGAGACAUGCACAAAGCCGUGGUCGACGCUGGCCUCACUACCAAAAUACUCACGGAGAACGAUUUAAAGAAGACCGUAGAUGAGAGCGCCCGGAUCCGCCGGGCGUACAGCCACUACUUUGACCUGACCAUAGUCAACGACAAUCUGGACAAGGCGUUCGACAAGCUGCAAGACGCCGUGGAGCGGUUGUUCGUGGAGCCGCAGUGGGUUCCAGUCAGCUGGGUGUACUGACGGUCCCGGUCCCGCUGGGCCGACGCCCGCCUGAGCUGCCGGGGUCGGGUUAGGGGUUACGAAAAGAUCUUUAACACUGUGCUGCCAAGCGGAAGAAUGGGACGUCAACCUCGUGGUACAACGCUGCAUCCGUCACCUUAAUCUGAUUCGCCAGUUUUCUUUUCCAGCAAACUAUGCAACAGGAAGUGUACUUAUUUAGUGGAAAGUAGGGUUUUUCUUUUUUAAGAUACUGUUUCUAUUUAAAUGGAUUAAGCAUUUUGUCAGAUUGCUUUUAAUCAGCUUUAAGUUUAAAGUGUCGACUUUCACAUCUGCAAAGGUAAGAUUUAUUUAUUCUGCUAAAAUGAGUGCUCUGUCAAAGAAAUGGAUGAGAUACCUCAGUGUUAAGUUUACAGUGUAAGAGUGUCCACUGCUUCAAGUCAUUGUCACUACAAACUUAGUCAUUCGUCGCGUUUCUGUGACAUUUAUAUCUACUGACCGCUGAGUUCUCUCCCAAAACUGUCCGUCCGAUCACUGUUUCAGGCUGCGCAGAGCAACGCUGGAGUGUUUAUCCAUUGUUCAGCGAAGCACGAAAGCCGUUAUAUUAAUACUGCUAACUGUGUGACGGGCUCAGUAUUUAAGUUUUGGACCGUUAGACCAGUGGAUUUGGUGCUGUUUGUGUCAAAAAGGAAACUUAGCCGGGAGUUUUGAAGAGUGUAUUUCAUCUCAGAAAACUAUUCCCUCAGAUGUGAGAAUAGUAAGACUUCAGUUUUAAUUAUUCAGAUUUACUUAUAAAAUAUAUAUUUUACAAGAUUUCAGAUGAGUUGUAUUUUCAGAUGUUUAAUAAAAUAACAUGUUUUCUAA